AUGUUUUGGUUUAGGCCUCUUGACGACUCCACUGAGGGAUUUCAGAACUGGGAAUUUAUGACAACUCACUGCUGGGGGGAGCAGGCAGCAGGGGAAUGGACUUUGAAAAUCCGGGAUACUCCCUCUCAGAAGAGAGAAAACACUGAACUAGGGACGCUAAAGGAGUGGUCCCUGGUGAUUUAUGGCACCGCAGAGCAGCCGUAUCCCAAACACCGUGAGCGAGCCCGAUCGCCUGAGAUGCCCGUGGAUAGUGCCUUCACUGAAGAAUACAGUGGACCCUGUGACCCAGAAUGCAGUGGUGAUGGCUGUGAGGGGCCCAGCCCGCAGCAGUGUGUCACGUGUUUACACUUUUUUCUCAAGUUCAAGAACAACACAAGGAUGUGCGUACCAGAGUGUCCCAGGGGAUUCUGGGGCGACCGCUUGCGUUGUAAGAGGUGCUACUCCUCUUGUGAGAGCUGCACUGGGAGUCGCAGUGACCAGUGUACUUCCUGUCAACCUGGACAUCACCUAACUGAGGGGACCAGUACCUGCACAGCCAUCUGUGGGGAUAACUACUACCUCGACCACGAUGCAAAUAUGUGCAGAAAGUGCAGUGAAAACUGCUUGAAGUGCACCUCCUACAGCAUCUGCACAGAAUGCAAACCAGACAUAAGUCUGCAGGGGAAUCGGUGCCAGCAAAGCUGCGCAGUGGGAUUCUACCACGACAAGCAGGAAGGCGCAUGCAAGCCCUGUCACAAGGCCUGCGCUACCUGUGCAGGUGCAGGUGUUGAGGCAUGCAACCGUUGUGCAGAGAGCUACUUAAUGGAGGAGUGGAAGUGUGUGUCCUCCUGCAGUGCUGGCUUCUACGCCACAGGGCCAAACUCAGAGAUAGCUGAUGGGCACAGGAUAUGUAGGAGGUGUGACUCCAGCUGUCUCACCUGUGUGGGGCCGAGCCAGGGGAACUGCAGCAGCUGUUCCAGCGGUCACAGCCUGCAGGAGGAAGUGUGUGUUGUUAACACUGAGUGCACAGACGGAGAGUAUCAGGACAGUAACGGAAGGUGCCACGCGUGUGAUGCAACGUGCCUGAAGUGCACAGGGCCGCAAAGAGAAGACUGCAUCAGCUGUGUUUCUUCACGGGCUCUAGAUGAGGGCCGCUGCGUGGUGGAAUGUGCAAAGGGCAAGUACCAGUCAGGUGGCCAGUGUCACCUGUGUGACCACACCUGUGCCACCUGUGUGGAUGCAGAGCCUGCCAACUGUACCAGCUGUGACACUGAUAAGUUUGAAAUGGAGCGUUACCUGUAUAAAGGCCAGUGUCUGGACGCCUGUCCUGAGGCCUUCUACCACACCAAGGAGAGGACCUGUGAGCCCUGCUCCGAUCACUGCCAGCUCUGCACAAGCCCUACCCAUUGCCUCAAGUGUAACUCCUCCUACUACGUCUCUGAUGGAGUAUGUGCAAAGCUGGAGUGUGGAGAAGGGGAGGUGGAGGAUCCAGAUUACGACGACUGCAUGGCCUGUGAGGAGGGCUGCAAGAAGUGCGUCUUGUAUAACCCCAAGCAUUGCCUGUCCUGCACUGAGGGCUUUUACAAUUUUCAGGAUGGCUGCUACAAAAACUGCCCGGCUAAGACGUACAGCGUGGAGGAGGAGAUGACCUGCGUUGCAUGUGAUGACAACUGUGUGAACUGUGAUGAACAUGAGUGCUAUUGGUGUGAGACCGACUUCUUCUUAUCAGAGGGAAGAUGUGUUUCAGUGUGUCCUGAUGGUUUCUAUGGCGACGAAGACACCAAUGACUGCGAGGAGUGUCACUCAGACUGUGUGACAUGUAGCGGCCCCAAGGACGAUGACUGUCUGUCGUGUGAGGAGGGGAAGAUGCUAGAAAACAGAGCGUGUGUGCCUGACCAUGAGGUCUGUCCCAUUAAGACCUUUCGCAGCGAUGACGGAGAGUGUGAGGACUGCCACCAAUCAUGUGAGUCCUGCUCUGGAGAAGAGAAGAACCAGUGCACAAAAUGUGCAAAAGGGCGGUUUCUGACCACACAGCAUACAUGUGUGUCAAAGUGUCCGGGGAGUUUCUUUGCCAGUCGGCUGAGCGGUGUGUGUGAGGCCUGCCCUCCAGGCUGUUUGCAGUGUGUGGAUGCUCAGCACUGCACCCGCUGUCAGAGCACUCGUAAAGCUCAGUUACUCCUGCAGGAUGGACAGUGUGUCCAACAGUGUCUCAGGGGUUUUCCUAUAGGCCAGGUCUGUCGUAGCUGUGCAGCGGGCUGUGCGUCCUGUGGGAAGAACGCCACCCACUGCCUCAGCUGUGAAGAACAUCUCCUCCUACACAAGCACCAGUGUGUGGAGGAGUGUCCUCCAGCGCACACUGUCCAGGAUAGGGAGUGCCAGCACUGCCCCUCAGCCUGUCAGGAGUGCAGUGCACUCGGGCAGUGCACAGGCUGUGAGGAGUAUCACUUUCUUCACGAGGGCCUGUGCGUGCUUGACUGUCCCGAAAUGUUCUUUGAAGACAAAGAGCAGAGGGAGUGUUUACGUUGCCACCCUGAUUGCGCUUUGUGUGACGGCCCGAACAAUAAUGACUGUGAUGCCUGUAUGGACCCUGAGGCAACUCUGCACAAUGGGGCAUGUCUGUCAGCUUGCCCCUCCCACACCUUCAGAGACACUAUAACAGGAGAAUGUAAAGACUGUGAUGCAUCUUGCCUUACCUGCUUCGGGCCCCAUGCUGGCUCCUGCAUCAGCUGCAGAGAGGAUCAGAGGCUAGAUGGCCACAGCCAUUGUGUGCCAUCAGCCACCAAGUGCUCGCCUCACCAGUAUGCAGACCAUGUCGGGGAAUGCCAUCCGUGUCACAAAUACUGCCACAGGUGUUCAGGUCCUGGCAAGACUGACUGCCUGAGCUGCAACCAGAGACAUCUCCUGCUCAAUGGCACCUGCGUGGAUGAAUGUCCCACAGGCUACUAUGAGGAUGAGUCGGGGCAGAAAUGUGAACCUUGCCACCCUUCCUGUCAGUCCUGCGCUGGAAAGCACAGCCAUGAGUGUCUCACCUGUAACAACCACCUCUUUCGAGAGGGCAAAGAGUGUGUGGAGACCUGCCAGCACAGUCACUAUGGAAACACAAGCUCAAGGAUAUGUGAGAAGUGUGACCCGAGUUGCGGUGAGUGUAUCGGGGACAGGGAGGACAGCUGCCUGAGCUGUGCUCUGGGCCUCAUCUACUUGCGGAAAGAAGGCCGUUGCCUCCCCUCGUGCCCUCAGGGAUACUACCACGACAUUGCGCACAGAACCUGCGAGCCCUGCCACACCAGCUGCAGAACAUGCUCAGGAAAAGAUUCCCAGUCCUGUGGCUCAUGCUACCCUGGAUACCUGCUCUCAGAUGGCCUGUGUGAGUCCAUGUGCGACAUGGGCCAGUAUCCUGUAAUAAAGGGUUUAGGCCACGCUUGUGAAGACUGCGACAGCUCCUGUAUGGAGUGUAGGGGGCCUGGUUCAGCCAACUGCACCAUGUGUCCUACUCAGGCCAUCUUAGAAGCCGGAGGGCGCUGUCUGCUUUGUUGCCGUGUUGAGGAAGGGGAGGAGGAGGAGGAGGAAGGGGAGGCCACAACACAGCAGCAGGACUGUUGUAACUGCACUGAGACUCGAGGAGAGUGCGUCCUCAGCACCAACUUGGCAUUCAGGAAUGAGGAAGAAGAGGAGGCCAGAGGAAACCUGGCAGUCUUCAUUAUCGCCUGCAUCCUGUUGGUGCUGGGACUUGUGGCUGUCGUCCUCCUCGUCAGACACUCCCGCUCCAAGAGUGCACCCCCAGACAUACGUCCCCGUGGCUAUGAGAAGCUGGGCUCAGGUGGGGGAUACGGAGGCAGCACCAGACACGGCGGCUACAGCUCUGCUUCCUCUGCGUCUUACGGUGGCCGCGCCAGCUCCUCCGGCGGUCAGUUCCAGGAGACUCAGUUGGUUGACAUUGGUGAACGUCGCUCAGGGAGUAAGGAUGAUGACGACGACGACGAUGAUGAGGACAUUGUUUACAUGGGCCAGGAUGGCACCGUGUACAGGAAGUUCCGGUACGGACAGCUGGGAGAGGACAAUGAGGAUGAGUUGGAGUACGAUGAUGAGAGCUACACAUUCCGGUGAAGCAUAAGAAUUUCUCUAAAGAAUCAUUUCUUCUUUCUCUUCUGGAUUCCUCCCCUUGCGUUCUCUCUCUCUCUCUCUCUCUGUCUCUCUCAUUCCUUCCUCUGCUGUUUGACUCCUCCUGCCCUGAGGGACAGACCCAUUUAUCCAUCACUGAAUAUGAGUUGGACCAAAUGAGACAUGAGAAGCUAUUUAUAAUGAGCUGCAUUUCACAACUGCGAUCCAUUCACAAAAUGAAAUGUGCUGCAGAAACAUUCCACGUUGUUUAGCAUUCUUGAGAACUUUUUACAUAAUUAAGCUUGAUUUCUAGAGUAGGUUUUGAGUAUGAUGAUUUAUUUUGGCCAUUAGACAGUUUCAACAAUCAUAUUAUUCAUCUUUUUAAUUGUUGUGGUGUUGGAUUAACAUUAUUUGAUUAAUCGUGGUAUUUAAUUUGCUUUUAUAUAUUCCCAAGUGUUUGCUGUCACUGAAUUUUAAUUUGAAAAU